GUAAAUACCUCCUCCUGGCUGCUUCUUGCCUUUUAAGGUGGUCCUUCCCCAGCAGGGCAGAGUGUGUGAGGACGCUGGCUGUCAGGAACGCAGCUCGGGAUGAGGCAGUGCUCAAGCAAGUUGGGAUUCGAGUGAGUGAUAGCUGCAGAAACAGGAAGAGAAAACAUUUCACAAUAACAAACACACACACAAACACCCACACACACACACACACACACUCCUCCCCCUCAGAGGGAAGUCCUUUCCCUCCAGAGACACACACACACACACACACACACAGCUCUCUGAUAUGCAGGGGUCCUCUGGAGCUGCUGUGACAUGCACUUUGACCUCAGGCGGUGAGGAAGAGGAGGCAUGAGGAAGAACCACAGCGCUGUUCCACUCAUCUACGUGACGGAGGCGGAGCGCGGCGGCGGCGAUGUCAACAUCCUCAGCAUCCCGGUGCCGAUGCGCCGCGGCGGCUCCGAGUCCAACCUGGUGGACAGCGUCGGCGAUGACGGAGUGGGACUGGAUUUCACCAAGGGAGCGCUGGGUAUCGACAGCCUGCAGCAGAAGACCCUCAAGGUGACGGAGCAGAUUAAGGUGGAGCAGGCGGCCCGGGACCAGAACGUGGCCGAGUACCUGAAGCUGGUGAACAACGCGGACAAGCAGCAGGUGUCUCGGAUCCGCCAGGUCUUUGAGAAGAAGAACCAGAAGUCGGCGCAAAACGUGGCCCGGCUGCAGAGGAAGCUGGAGCAGUACCACCGCCGCAUGAAGGACAGCGAGACCAACGGCAAGCACGGCCCCAAGGACGGCAAGGAGUCGGGGACGCACAGCAAGGAGGGCAGCCUGCGGGACGUCAGCGCCACCGGGCGAAACCCGGCGCUGGACAAGGUGAAGACCAUCGGGCCCGGCGUGUCGCUGUCGCCGCCGUUCUUCUUCAACAAGUCCCGGGAGUUCGCCAACCUCAUCAGGAACAAGUUUGGCAGCGCCGACAACAUCGCCCACCUCAAGAGCUCCAUGGAGGCGGGGUCAGGGCUGCAGGUGGACAUCUCGGCCAGGGGGUUGAGCGGCAGCGCCAACACCGUGGCCAAGGCGGGCAAGUACCAGAGCGACGACGAGUGCUCCACCGGGACAUCGGCGUCCGCUGACUCCAACGGGAACCCAGGAGGGGGCUCCAUGGCCGGGUCGGGGGGUCCUGGGAGGUCAGACUCUAACGCCCGUCUGGGGGAGGUGCUGGACAUGGUGCGUGAGAUCAGGGACGCUCAGGGACAGCUGGCCGAGGAGAUGGAGACCAUGAACACGCAGUUCAAACGAGACUAUGGCUACUUCACACAGGUGCUGCAGGAGGAGCGAUACAGGUAUGAGCGGCUGGAGGACCAGUUAAAUGACCUGACGGAGCUGCACCAGAAUGAAACCUGUAACCUGAAGCAGGAGCUGGCGAGCAUCGAGGAGAAGGUGGCGUACCAGGCCUACGAGAGGGCCCGGGACAUACAGGAGGUCCUGGAGUCUUGUCAGACCCGGGUGUCGAAGCUGGAGCUGCAGCAGCAGCAGCAGCAGCAGACGGUGCAGCUGGAACACACCGAUGCCAAAGUGCUGCUGGGCAAGUGCAUCAACAUCAUGCUGGCCAUCGUCACCGUCAUCCUGGUGUGCGUCUCCACCGCGGCCAAGUUCACCGCCCCGCUGCUGCGGAGCCGCCUCCACCUGGCGCUCACCUGCGUGGGCGUGUCCGUGCUGGCGCUGCUGUGGAAGAACUGGGAACACUUGCAGGGCGCGAUGGAGCGAGUGCUGCUGCCGCACUGAGCCGAGCGGGCGAGCGAGAGCCGAUAACCUUCGUCCGAACCCGGGUCCAGGUCUCCAGGAGGACGUGUUGUCACUGAGACACAGACACUGGGGAGGAGUUUACAUUAGGCCUUACACCAGCCACACAGCUCCCCAGCUGACUGGUGGUGACUGGAGUCAUGGCUUUGUGCGUUGCAUGUCUCAGUGGGCUGAUUCCAACCAACAACACACAGAUGUAAGCUGAUAUGACAACUGAGCAGACGUGUGACAACCUAACACACACACAUCGCACAAAGCUGCAGCAACAGUGAAUCACUAUAGAGACGACAAUAGGAUCAAAUAAGCUGGAAGUGAUUUGACGUGAAAUCCAGUUAUCGGGUUCUGGGUCAGACCUGACGUCAACAUCUGUCCUGAGGGAUCCGAUCACAAGCUGGAUAUGCAAAACACACGUCCGUCAUUUCUGUUCACGGAGACCAAACCAUGAUUUAACACGAGUCUACAGAUGUGUCCGAUGUCAACGUGUUGGUGCGUGAGAGAAAUAUGAGUUUCAAAAUACAGAGAAAUCAUUUAGUGUUGGUCGGUUUUGUGGUCACACACAAAACAAUGUGUGAUCACUGAGAAGCGAGAAACUACUUCAAUAUAUCGUGAGACUCUGGACACAAAGAGAUCCCUCAGGACGGAGGUUCACACCAGGUUGAUCGGGUUCUUACCCAGGAUCAUAAAGCUGGAAUUGAUCACGUGUGAGUCUUCUGGUUAUCAGGAGCUUCACUCUAAAGUCUAAAUGUAAACAAAGGGGUUUUUAUUGCAGAGUGGAAACGCAGAGAUUACAUCCCGACCAUAAAGGAAACCGCCUCACGCUGCUGAACAAACUCUGGCUGUGUGUUCACCAGCAGAUCCAGUUUUCUUCUCGUGCACCAGCUGUCACAGAGACACAUCCACCUGAAGGUUGAUUUAUAUGUGUGUGUCUGUGUGUCUGUGUGUAUUUAUGUGAUGUUUUUCUCGUCAGUGUCUCGUUGAAAAAGAAUAUUUCAAAGCCUUGGGUCCACACUGUUUUUAAUUGUGUCUGUCUGAGUUUGUACGUCUGUGUUUUCCUGCUCGUUCGGUCUGUAACUGUGUGUUUGUGUUUAAAGGAAAAGUGCAACAUUUUGAGGAAUUGAUUUCCUUCUGAAAUCAACGUGCAAAAUAUGAAGCGAGAGCCGUUUAUCAAGGAAACUGUUAAUCAGACUCUGACAGAAGAAAAAAUGAAAUACACCUCCCAGCCCCUGCAGAGCUCAGCCAGAAUAAUGCAAUAUGUUUGCCACUAAAGAUGUUCAUGACAUUAAAGCUAGGGUUGGUAAUCCUGGAAUAGCUUGUAAAAGCAGGCUAAUCAAUCCAACUUUAGUUAAUUUAGUUAAAUCAUUUUAAAGAUGGUGGUAGGUGGAUUUUUAAUAUCUAACUGUUCCUCAAGAGGGAAUCUGAUGAGCGGCCUCCAGACGUGUUGUUUUGAAAGUUUCCUUCAUGUAAAAUCUGUUGUAUGUUUUUCGGGGUGAAGAUCACUUCUCAAAUCGAUUUGAGGGAAACAAUAGAAAGUGAACUCGUUUCAAUCAGUUCCAAAGACUUCGGCUUGGCAUGGAGACUGAGAGGAAGAGUUUUCACUGCAGGAAGCAGCUCGGACAUUUAAACAGGAGAAGAGAAGAAUAUGAGAUCUGUCCUCUCAGAUCAGAGAACUCCUGUUUUUAUUUAACUGCCUUUUCUUAACGAGGUUGAACAGAACAAAUAAACGUGUGUGAAGCCUUGUGUGGCUGUUGAGCUGCGUUCAGGCCCGUUGGGAACAACAGAAGCUCGAAGUCCCGACUUGAAAAGAUUUCCACCUGUUGAAACUUCUUUUUAAACCAUGAAAGAGACUGGGAUUGAUUUCCAUUGUGUGUUUUCCUGGCUCCGCCUCUCGCCCAGUGUCGGCUGGGAUUGGCUCCGGCCUCCCUGCGGCCCUCCAGGGGGAAAGUGGGAUAGAUAACUUAUGGAUUUUAGUCACUCGAGCUAAUUCCUGUCAGUUUAUCCUCACUUGAAUCUGUUACACAGCUGGAAAGUGACUUAGUAGAGCGACUCUGGUUCCAGAAGUAAAGUUAUCAUUAGUUUUUGCACAAAAACACAGAAACGUGAUUCACAUUUAAGAAAAUCAGAUUGAGUGAUCACAUGCCAAUAAAUCUGUAACACUGUCUGUUUUUCCCCGUGUGUCCUGAACGCAGCAUCACAGACUGAACUGAACCAUGUAGCUCCACACUCCCAGUGACCCUCCAUCACUGGGAUGAUGAUGAUGACGGGUCCAAAUGGGAGUGACGCCUUUUCAAUGCAGCUUCUGUCGUCUACUGUGUAACUCUGUUUUUCUCAUUGUGUAUCUGUUUAAACAAAAGAGCCAAAUAUGGGGAUUUUAAAGGCACAUUAGCCUUUUUAAUGAAUUAACACUGUUUUCUUACAAUUACUCCUUAAUGUCUUUUCUUCUAACCCGAACACACUACUAAUACUUCUGUCUGCUCUUUGUGAGACACGCACCUUCUCUGCAGAAUCUGUACAUUAAGUCCAUAAUGUGUAUUUUCACAUUACUGUCUAUUCCAUGUGCUUUAGUUCCUAGUUUUCCAUGACAUUAUUUUUUUUUCAAAUGACAAAAUAAACCUUUGUUUUUGUAAGAUUGC